AUGAGAGUCACUCACGAGCAACCAUCGCCGGAAAGUGCCUUGAUCGGCACGAGACAGCUCCCCCGUCCCAACCGCCAAAGGGCCUCCGUCGCGUGUCUUCACUGCCGUAACCGAAAAAUACGGUGUGAUGUCUCCCGUCGAGGCUAUCCUUGCGCCAAUUGUCGCCUUGACGACACGGAGUGUGAGGUUGUGUGCCGCUCAUCAUCUAGGGUAUCUAAGCGACGAAAGGAUUCCUUGGCUACUUCAUCGGAAGAAACCCCCCCAACAGCUGAGCCAUCGUCUACUACCUCUUCCGCGGGCUUUCUCAACACUAUGCCAGUCAUAUGGGAAUCAUCUUCCCCGACAGAGACACUAGCACGAGACGAAACCUCGACUUCCAUAGAUAACUUUCCAUCAUGUGAGGUGGAUUUGCUAGACUUAGGGGCCGUCCCAGUUACUAUGGCACCACCCGCGUCGAUGGCACCCACGAUACACUCUAGGCGUCCUGGUCAUUCGCUCAGAAAAGAAGGACGCAGUGAUGUUUUAUAUACAUAUCAUCCAUUCCUAAGCCACAAUGAUCUAUCUCAUCUUGAACCCAGAGAUUUGAAUCUCCUAGAAUCGCAGUCCUGCCUACGGGUGCCGACUCGUCCUAUCCUCCACGAGUUCAUCCGGCAAUAUUUCUUAUAUAUCCACCCUCUUCUACCCAUGAUGGAUGAGGCACGCUUUUGGAGAACUUAUAGAGGGGAGGAUGGUCCAGAAGAGUAUAUUUCUCUUCUACUCAUCCAAGCGAUGCUCUUUGUUUCAUGCAACUAUGUAUCACCUGAAAUAGUUCGAUCGUUGGGUUUCUCUUCUAACAGAUCUGCCCGGGCAGAAUUCUACCGGCGAGCGAAGGUAAUACCUCCACACUCAUUGCACACUCAUUACACACAUCAAAACCCAUAUGCUAUCCUAUACGAUAUGAAUUCCGAACUGUCUUCGUUUACAAUUAGCCAAGCCGCCUUACUCUUGACAUCCUGGACGCCACCCGCCAAUCCAAGGGGGAUGAAGCCCAACACUCAGUGGCUCUCCAUAGCAAUAGAGCAUGCUCGGGCUGAGGGGGCACAUCUCUACGGACAGCAGCGAGGCCCAGGCUCCAAGGGUCCCAGCGCACAUCAAGCCCUGGCGAAAAGGCUAUGGUGGUGUUGCAUCAUCCGCGACCGUAUACUGUCUCUUGGUGUGCGGCGAAGGAUCCAAAUCGACCGCGAAAGUUUCGACUUCGACUCGAACAGGCGCCUGAAUCAUUCCGACCUAGCUGGUGAGGUAGAUGGAUCAGGGGUCUACUGCAAGAAAGCCAAGAUUUCAUUGAUACGAAUUCUGCUGCGGGUCGUAGACCUCUGCGUCUCACUCACGGAUCUGCUCAACCUCGCCCACCGCCUUGAGUUCUACCGCGAGGGAGACAAAGAACAGUGGCUUCCCCAUCUACAGCAGGUUAGGACAGUGAAGGAAACCCUGAGAAUGUGGCACGAAGUGACCAAAUCUGAGUUUUCCUGCUCUCUUGAGCAACUCAGACGCGCUAGCAAGCACGAUGAACAGUGCAAGGCCGUCGCAGUUCAACUUCACGUCAUGUACAUGUAUUAUCAUUCUGCAGGAAUAGCGCUAGCCCAUUACGAGAUACUACUCACUACAAUGGUGAUUCCUACCGGCACACCAUAUACUAUGCUCAGGCCUUCAUACCUUUCUAAGCUUUUUUGCGAGCUGCAGGAUGCAUCUGAAAGUCUCUCUGACUGUCUUGAUGGUCUUCUAAAAGAGGAUCUAAUACCAUUACUUCCUAUUAGCACAAUUGCAUUGAUAGUCUUCCCCCUUAUCCAUCAUACUUUGGAUCUCUACACCACCCAUGACGACUCGUACGCUGCUCAGAUAUUGAGAAAAAGUCGGCUUGGUGCCUUGACUGAAGCAAUGAACAAAUUCGAGCAGACAUACGACGGCGUCGAGUGGGUGAAGAGCAUGCUUAGGCAAGUACUCGAUCUCGGUGAGUCUCGCCUUAGCGAGGGUCACAGAAAUCGAGAAUGGAAAAAGAAUCUCUCAUCAUCGCCAGCCCCAUAUCUGCGAAUAGCAUUUACUAUCGAAUUCAGCCUUAGCCGAAGUUAUUUCUUUCAAGAGGCGGAUGCCCCAGCUUAUUUAGAGACGGUCUUCAAGGAUAGACCAACCCCCGUCAUUGAUUACACUGAACCGAUGAUGAUGGUUCAACCUAGUUUCGCCAUCCGUGAUACAGCAGAGGCUUUAGAUGAGGAUUGGGAGAAGCUUUUACAACUACAGACCACGGCGGAGGAGUCUAUGCUUGAAUCGGAAUCUGCCACUACCACCCCGAUGGACGGUUACCGUGACAUUUUUGACUUGGCCAUGGUGGAAGAUACUCUGUGA